CUCUUCUUUGCACUCUCCAGUGGGAUGGACCAGAUCAGAAACUGUGAAAGUGUGUGCAGCAGCAAGGUGAGGAUUGGUCAUUCUCUGAAUGAAGCUGAGAGUCAACAUGUGAUCAGACGGAGAGAGACUGUUCUACAGUGCCUGAAGCAGCAUGGUAUAUCCUGCAGUGAGGCUGAGGUGCCUAACAUCGCAGUGCUGGGCUCUGGUGGUGGUUUGAGAGCUAUGGUUGCUCUGCUGGGGUCACUGAGUCAGCUGAAAGAAGUUGGACUUCUCGACUGCAUCAUGUACCUGAGUGGAGUUUCAGGAUCUACCUGGUGCAUGACAUCACUAUACAAAGAACCAGACUGGUCUACCAAACUGGAGACUGUGAAAGAGAGCAUUGUCCAGAGGCUUGCUCAUGGCAGUGUCAGUUGCCAGGACAAGUGUCACAAAUUGAGGAAAUAUAUGGAAAAACCCAACUUCAGCCUGACAGAUGUGUGGGCAGUGCUGGUUGUGUCUAGCUCAGUGAAAGAGAUCGAUGAACACAAACUCACAGAGCAGAGGGGCAAAUACACCAAUGACCCGUAUCCCAUUUACACUGUGAUUGACAAACAUUGUAAACAUAAAAGACUGUUUAAAGAUGUGUGGUUUGAGAUCACUCCAGAUGAGUCAGGUUAUUCUCUCGAUGGAGCCUUUGUGGAUUCCUCCUGUUUGGGAAGUCAGUUUGAGAAAGGAAAGAAGAUUAAAGACCAGCCUGAGAUGGACAUGCUGUACCUACAAGGUCUGUGUGGCAGUGCAUUGGCUGAAAGGGAUGAGAUUGCUAAGAAGAUCUUUGGGAUGCUAUUCAAUCUGAUAAAAUAUAUGGAAGAAAGCUGCACAUCAGAUGCAUCAGACGUGCAGAAUGGUUGGCAGGUGCUCUCAGCACUUCUGCAUUUGAACCUCUGUGCCUUGACAGAUGAGGAUCCUUCAGUUCACUGCAAAACCAUAAAUUACCUACUAAACGAUAAAUAUGAUGAAAUUGGACAGAUGACUCUUCCCAUAAAUCUGAUGACAUCAGAAGGGACGAUCUCCACGACAGAGUUAAGGGAUUACACCCUCCGUGUAUGCAGUUCUUUCUGUGACUUAUUUGGAAAUAAUGAUGUUAUUAAAUGGAUAGAGAUAGUGGUAUGCUGGACCUGGGGAACAACAUACAACUUUCUCAACAACAUGACAGUGGAAGAAGUUGACCCCAGUAUCCUUAGAUCGAAGACAAGAGAAUAUGAGGAUGCUGGACUGUUACUCAACUCACCCUAUUUCUCAGUGCUGAGACAAGAGCGACACAUUGACCUCAUCAUUUCCCUUGACUUCAGUCUGGAUGAUGAUCCUCUUGAGACGGUGAAGAAAGCGGCUAAGAUGUGUAAAGAGCUACACAUUCCUUUCCCUGAAGUGGAUAAAAGUCAUCUGGAAAAAUCAGAGGACUUCUAUGUGUUCAGGGGUUCCAGCAAAGUUCCAACUGUGAUUCACAUACCUCUUUUCAAUGCUGUUAACUGCAAAGGUGAAAUUGAGAAGUGGAAACACCAUUACUGCACUUCCAAACUGCACUACAGUUACAGUGAGAUCACAGAUCUUCUGGGGAAAGCUGGAUUGAACAUCAAAAACAACAAGGAGAAACUGCUCAAGGAGAUUGAAAAUGUCAUCGAGGAGAAGAAAACUUCCAAGCUUGGAAAAAUAUGAUGUCUUCUCCACAGUCGAAGAAAAACACAGCUUUUUCAAGCAUUUCAAGAGAAAGUGUUUCUUGGUUUAACAAUAUUCUUCAGGAAUACUUUAUAAUGAUAGUUUAUAAUGAUGUUUAUACUUUAUAAUGAUGUUCAAAAGACAGUAUUUAAUUCAUGAGACAUUUAUAACCCAUUACAUCUUAAAUUACUAAUCAUGAACAAAUCAGAAAUUCAGUAGCUUUGCUGUUAUUUUACCACACUGACAGUCUAUAUAUGUAUAAAGGACAUGUAGCUUUAAGUUUAGACUUUCUUAAGUAGAAAUCAUCCUCAAAAAAUAAAACAAAUAUGAACUUCUACAUGG